AUGGAGUCGGUAAAACAAAGGAUUUUGACCCCAGGAAAAGAGGGGCUAAAGAAUUUUGCUGGAAAAUCCCUUGGCCAGAUCUACAGGGUGCUGGAGAAGAAGCAAGACACCGGGGAGACCAUCGAGCUGACGGAGGAUGGGAAACCCCUGGAGGUGCCAGAGAAGAAGGCUCCACUGUGCGACUGCACCUGCUUCGGCCUGCCGCGUCGCUACAUCAUCGCCAUCAUGAGCGGCCUGGGCUUCUGCAUCUCCUUCGGCAUCCGUUGCAACCUGGGCGUGGCCAUCGUGGACAUGGUCAACAACAGCACCAUCCACCGCGGGGGCAAGGUCAUCAAGGAGAAAGCCAAAUUCAACUGGGACCCGGAAACCGUGGGGAUGAUCCACGGUUCCUUCUUUUGGGGCUACAUCAUCACCCAGAUUCCGGGCGGCUACAUCGCGUCUCGGCUCGCAGCCAACAGGGUUUUUGGAGCUGCCAUACUUCUUACCUCUACUCUGAAUAUGCUAAUCCCAUCAGCAGCCAGAGUGCAUUAUGGGUGUGUUAUCUUUGUCCGGAUAUUGCAGGGCCUUGUUGAGGGCGUCACCUAUCCAGCAUGUCAUGGGAUCUGGAGCAAAUGGGCUCCUCCUCUAGAGAGGAGUAGAUUGGCAACCACCUCCUUCUGUGGUUCAUAUGCUGGAGCUGUAAUUGCAAUGCCUUUAGCUGGCAUUCUUGUGCAGUAUACUGGUUGGUCUUCGGUAUUCUAUGUCUAUGGAAGCUUUGGAAUGAUCUGGUACAUGUUUUGGCUUUUGGUGUCUUAUGAGAGUCCUGCAAAACAUCCUACUAUUACAGAUGAAGAACGUAGGUACAUUGAAGAAAGCAUUGGAGAGAGUGCAAAUCUUUUAGGUGCAAUGGAAAAAUUCAAGACUCCAUGGAGGAAAUUUUUUACAUCUAUGCCUGUCUAUGCAAUAAUUGUCGCAAACUUCUGCAGAAGCUGGACUUUUUACUUACUGCUUAUUAGUCAGCCAGCAUAUUUUGAGGAAGUCUUUGGAUUUGAAAUCAGCAAGGUUGGCAUGCUAUCUGCUGUACCACACUUAGUAAUGACAAUUAUUGUGCCCAUUGGAGGGCAGAUUGCAGAUUUUCUAAGAAGCAAGCAAAUUCUUUCAACUACUACAGUAAGAAAGAUCAUGAAUUGUGGUGGUUUUGGCAUGGAAGCAACACUGCUUCUGGUCGUUGGCUAUUCUCAUACUAGAGGGGUGGCUAUCUCAUUCUUGGUACUUGCAGUGGGAUUCAGUGGAUUUGCUAUUUCUGGUUUCAAUGUUAAUCACUUGGAUAUUGCUCCGAGAUAUGCCAGUAUCUUAAUGGGCAUUUCAAAUGGUGUUGGCACAUUGUCAGGAAUGGUUUGCCCUAUCAUUGUUGGUGCAAUGACAAAGAAUAAGUCACGUGAAGAGUGGCAGUAUGUUUUCCUGAUCGCUGCGCUGGUCCACUAUGGCGGAGUUAUAUUUUAUGCAAUAUUUGCCUCAGGAGAGAAGCAACCCUGGGCAGACCCUGAGGAAACAAGUGAAGAAAAAUGUGGAUUUAUCCAUGAAGAUGAGCUCGAUGAAGAAACAGGGGACAUUACUCAAAAUUAUAUAAAUUAUGGUACCACCAAGUCUUAUGGUGCCACAACACAGGCUAAUGGAGGUUGGCCCAAUGGUUGGGAAAAGAAAGAGGAAUUUGUACAAGAAGAAGUACAAGACUCAUACACCUAUAAGGACCGAGAUGAUUAUUCAUAACAAAGCUAAUUGCUGGAUUUAUUUUUAGUGUUUGUGAUUAAAUUAAUUGUGAUUGCCCAAAAAUUAAAAAAAAAAAGUGGUGUACACACAUAAACAUAUCAACCAGGCAAGUCUUGCUGUAAAAAAUGAAUCACAAACAAACUCAUGAAGUUACCAUCAAGUGCAAUCUGUAGAAGUUGUGAAAUGCCAUCAUUUCCAUUCAGGUCAUCCAUUUUUGCGUUUGUGAUUUAAACGUUGACUGGUCAAAAUUGUAGAAGCGAGUAGUUACUCAUUGGAUUCACGUGAGCUAAAACUCAUCACCAUUUAAUAAAGCACAACUACAACAGUUGGCACAUCCCAUCCUACAAAGGUUAGGAAGCCAAAGCUACUUGAUCAUGCAAAAUGCACUUAUAUAUUUGUUACACUGCAUUGCAAGAUAUCAUGCAGAAGUCCUGUUAAGAAACCCGAAGAUGUCAUGUUGGCUGCAUCAGGUGGUGGCAACGUUUAUUGAAUAUAAAUUAUGGAGUUGUUAUAUCUCUCAAUUAGAGAAGAAUAUUGUGGGCUAGCAACUAGCAAGGUGUACUAAAUAAUUAUUGUUAUUACAUAAUGUGGAAUAUUUUGUAGGUUCUGAAAAGAAAUAUCUUGCAGUGUUUUAUAUGAAAUGCUUGCGCACAUAUACUUAUAUCUGUGAAAGAGAACUUGUAAAGUGAGGGGUAUGCUUCAUGUUCUUCCAUUCAUUUACCUAACAGUAUAAAACACUUCACGUUUCAACAGAAAUCUGACUUUUCAUGUAGCAUAUCACUUAACUUUUUUGCAAAAAAUAUAAAAAAUAAAUAGACUUUAAUGUAUUUUUUAUUACAACUUUGUACUGGUUGUAACUUGCAUUAGAAAAAAAAUGCAUACACCAUAAAGAAUCUAAUAAGAAAUUUACUAUGGAGAUUUAGC